UCGAUCAGUGCAACUGGGAAGAUGCCGUAGAGGAGCACUUGGGACGUUUAAAGAGAGCAUGGGUCACGGCCUAACGCUUACUACAUAGUCUUUCAGUGGUGAGAGACAUUGCUUCGAAACUCAAAGCAUGAUUGCUACUGUGGAAUGUAUGUUGACGGUCGUCGUUGGCAACUGGAGCGAGAUAUUUGCAGUGCCGAGUGGGACCAUUGCGGCCCAGGAAUAAAAUUCACUUGAUUUGACCUACCCUUGAAAAGGGCGCCGACAUGGAUGUGUUUGGUGGGGCACCCCGUUUUUUUGCCUACCCAAGGCCUGUCGUGGUUCAGAGUGGCACAGACGCCGUUUUAAAAUGUCAGAUCGGUGGUGAUCCAAGACCUGCCGUUAUUUGGGAGAGGAACAAUGAAAAACUUGACCCACAAGGACGAUACCGCGUUUUUGAAGAUGGGAACGUUUACAACUUGAUCAUUUCCUCAGUGACAAUAGAAGACAGUGGUCAGUAUAUAUGUAAGGCCAAAAACUGCAUAGGGGAAACCUACGCUGCUGCCACUUUGAAAGUGGAAGGUGAAGCACAAGAGAUGGAGUUGCGAGAAGAAAACAAGCCAAGAUUUCUCAUCAAGCCCUUAUCUACUCGUGCCGGCCGUGGAGAGGACGCAGUCUUCUCAUGCAAGCUCUGGGGAAACCCCCGACCAGAAGUCGUCUGGGAAAAAGAUGGCAGGAAACUCAAUGAGAUUUUUGAAAGCACACAUUUUAGUGUGAGCUACCAGGAUGGAGGGUGGUUCCAUCUAAAGAUCUUCAAGACCCGUGCACCUGAUGGUGGUGUGUAUACCUGCAAAGCCAGGAACGAGUAUGGGGAGGCACUGGCAGGUGCUGUGCUACUUGUUGAUGCAGGCCCAGGACACGAGGACGAUGGGACUCGCAAUGGCUACACAAAUGGUCACUGGAAAUCUCACCAGGGCAAGCAGAGGACUGCAAGGCAACUGUCGAACCGCCUCAAAGAUGACACAGUGACCAAGUCCACAAGAGUAAAAAUGUUUGCAGUGACUGAAGGCAAGCAUGCAAAAUUCCGUUGCUUUGUAACUGGAAAACCAAAACCGGAAAUAAUUUGGAGGAAAGAUGGCCGACUGAUACUUUCUGGUAGGCGUUACCUGCUAUAUGAGGAUCGAGAAGGAUACUUCACGCUGAAAGUUUUAUACUGCAAACAGAAGGACAAUGGAGUUUAUGUUUGUGCUGCAUCAAAUACUGCAGGACAAACUCUGAGUGCAGUGCAUCUUUCUGUAAAGGAACCACCUGUGCGGUUCAAGCAGCCGCUCAUUGAUCUGGAAGUAUGGGAGCGAGAUUUGGCAGUGCUGGAGUGUGAAGUUCCAGAGGACUCGGUUCCCAUCACAUGGUAUCUAGAGGAUAGACGACUGCAACCAGGAGCCAAAUAUGGAAUGGAGGAGUGGGGAACAAAACGGCGAUUAACCAUUCGUGACAUCGGCGUCGAUGAUGAUGGGAUUUACCUUUGUGAAAUGCCAGAUGGUGGGAGAAGCAUCGCAGAGGUUGCUGUGAAAGGUACCAUCACAAGGAAGUUGCCCAGAAAGGUUGACGUAUUAGAAGGUGAGAACGCUGCCUUUUGCGUUGAGGUGGAGAAAGAAGAAAUGGACAUCCAUUGGUACAAAGACGGGGCAGAACUGCGUGAAACACAUCAAACCAUCCUGAAGUCAUUCGGUCGCACUCACAUCCUGGUCUUUGUCAACACAAUGCCACAAGACUCAGGUCUUGUGACUUUUCUUGUUGGCAGAUCGAAAACAUCUUCUCAACUCCGGGUUAAGGCUGCCAAGCAUUGCCCACCCAGUUGUCCAGUGGGUGUUCAGAUUAACACAGAGCGUGCAAAUGCAGCACUUUUAUCGUGGGUACCUGCUCAGGACUCGAGAAAGAACCCGCCUUCAGGCUAUGUGCUUGAGCGUCAGGAAGUGGGUACUGGCUCACAGGAGUGGCUCCAAUGUCUCACCACUGACACCGCUACCUCUGUGGAAAUCCUUGGAGACAGCGUUCCUUGCGAAGCGGAUUAUAGAUUCCGAAUUUGCAGUGUGAACAAAUACGGAAAGAGCAACAAUGUCGAGUUCCCCAGAGCAGUUCACUUGGUUCCAGUUGCAAGAAUACAAGCUCCUCUGCAGGAUGCUUUGGUGCCAGAAGGACAAGAUGCUGUCUUCUCAAUUGAGCUGUCUGCCUCUGUCAUUGGCUCCUGGUUCUUAAAUGGCACUCAACUUCAAGAGGACGAGCGCUAUUCCAUGAGGAGGUCACGGACACAUCAAUCUCUACGUAUUCAAGGAGUGCGAGACUCAGACAAUGGAGCUGAAAUAACAUUUAUCGCCUACGGGAUACGUGACUCUGCAGCACUUUACAUCCAAGCUCCUCUUGUGAAGUUUUCACCUCUGUCAGAAAUGGACCGAAACAAAUUUGUUGAAAUUGGGAACCCCAUUGUGCUCUACUGUGAGCUGUCAGACCCUGUGGCUCCAGUGCACUGGUACAAAAACGGAGUUGAAUUAAGCACAAAGGAAGGGCUUCAUAUCCAAUCAGAGGGCACCAUGAGAAGAAUUGUCAUCCAAUCAGCAGAGCUGUCACACUCAGGCGUGUAUUGCUGUGAUGCCAUUGAUGAUGUCAUAAGGUUCAACGUGGAAGUAGAGGCUCCUCCUGUGAAGAUUUUUGAUAUUCCUGAAAAUAUGAGGAUCAAGUCGAUCGAGGAGGGCCGCCCUGUGGUACUACAGUGUGAAGUGUCGGACCCAGCUGGCCCAGUAUGCUGGUACAAGGAUGAAAUACUGCUAGCUACACAGCCAGGAUUUGAGAUUUCUUCGGAGGGAAGAAAAAGAAUAUUAGUCAUUGAGCGUGCACAGCUGGUCCAUUCUGGUUUGUACAGAUGCAGCACCAAAGAUGAUACCGUGGACUUUCAAGUGGAAAUCAAAGCUUUACCUGUGAUCCACCCUACUAUGGCUGAGAUUGAGAGAAUCAAGUCGCUUGACGUUGGCAAACCAUUGGUGAUGGAAUAUGAGGCUGUGGACACUACUGUGCCAGUGUUCUGGCAUAAAGAUGGUGAACAGAUAUUUCCAUCCAAAGAGUGGGAAAUACAGCGUAAAAGCACAUUGAGGAGGCUUGUUAUCCCAUCUGCUGAGCUCUUGCAUUCAGGGAUAUACCACUGUGAAACCCCUGAUGACUCUGUCCGCUUCACAGUGGAUAUAAAAGCGCCACCAUUGCCACUAUCACCGUCACUGAAGGUCACAGAGACCCCGUCGCUUGAAUCUACAACCUCUUCUGAGCCAUCACCUCGAGUCUCAGACAGUCCAAUCAACGUCUCAUGGGAAGGGGACUCUCCUGUGAGAGACUUUGACUUGGAACAUGAAGCCAACAAGAAGACACUGGUUGUUGAACCAACCCAUCCUUCGACUGCCAAAGAAUAUUAUUGUGCGACAGCCGAUGAUGUUACCCAACUAACAGUAAAAAAUGAAGCUCCUCCUGCGAGGUUCUCAGAGCUUCCAGAGACAGACAGAAACAAGGCCGUUCAAGAAGGCAGUGACGUGGUCCUCAGCUGUGAGCUCGCACGAGACCCCUUGGCUCAAGUCUGUUGGUACAAAGACGGGGAAAAACUUCUCCACCGAACUGAUGUGGAAAUCCAGUCAGACGGCCUUAGAAGAACUCUUGUCAUCCCUGCUGCUCAAAGCAUCCACAGCGGUUUGUACAGAUGCUCCACAGCAGACGACUCCAUCACAUUUACAGUGGAUGUAAAAGCGCGUGAGCCGCAGAUCAAACCUGUCCCUCUAUCAGAAAAGUACAAGAUGAUUUCAGUCGGUUCUCCGAUCAUGCUCCAGUGCGAGGUCACCGAUCCUGUCGCUCAAGUUUCCUGGUUUAAAGACAGAGUGGAACUUUUUUGCAAAACUGGCUUGGACAUGAAGAGAGAUGGCAAUCUCAGAAAACUAAUGAUUCAUUCUGCAAAGGUGUCUGACUCUGGCCUGUACAGCUGUAACCUUGCUGACGACGUCGUGACGUUCCACGUCGACAUUCAAGCCCCUCCAGUCACAUUCGCAGAUUUACCAAAGGAGGAGUUGUUCAAGUGUGUUGUGGAGAAAACUGAGCUGGCUCUGUCGUGUGAAGUGUCCAGAGCUGAUGGAGUGGUGCAGUGGUACAAAGACGGAGCGGAGAUACACCAAAGUAGCAAUAUUUCUAUUAAAGCGGAGGAUAUGAAAAGAAGCCUGACAAUCCAUUCGCCUCAGCUGUCAGACACCGGCAUGUACACGUGCCGCGCAGGCGAUAAUGCUCUGAUGUUCAAAGUCUACAUACGAGAGCCUCCAGUGAUGAUCAUUUACCCUAAGGAGGAUGUCCAUCUUGAUCGCCACGUGCCUGAAGAGAUCAUCCUGAGUUGUGAGUUGUCACGGCCCAAUGGUGUCGUGAGUUGGUUCAAAGACGGUCAAAAGCUGCAGGAGAGUGAGAACAUCAAGCUCAAAAUAGAAGGCCCCUACCGACGGCUGAAGAUCAUUUCAAGUGGCGUCGAAGAUUCUGGAGAAUACGUCUGCGACACAGCUGACGACUCCAUUUUCUUCCACCUUAACAUUACAGAACCUCCAGUCAGGAUCGUCUCCCCCAGUCAGUCACAAAUGGAGCUCUGCCAACAAACCUCAGAGAGGAUGGUGCUUAGCUGUGAGAUAUCUCGUCCCAACGCUGUGGUACGCUGGUAUCGGGAUGGUCUGGAAGUGGAGGAGAAUGACAACCUCAUUCUUGAAGUGGAUGGGGUCUAUAGAAGACUUAUAAUACCAGAAACAACAGUCAAAGAUUCAGCUGAGUACGUCUGCGAUACCGCUGACGACUCAGUGACAUUUUUCGUCAACAUAGCAGAGCCGCCAGUCCGCUUUGUUCGCCCGAGAAAAAUGGCAAGUCGGGUUGAGAAAACGGUAGGGGACUGUUUGGUGCUGGACUGCGAGGUUUCCCGAGCGAAUGCUGUGGUUGUCUGGAAAAGAAACGGGGAGGAGGUGGAGGACUCCAGGAAAGUCACCAUUUUUGAAGAUGGUGUCAUGCGACAGUUGACUAUUCACUCUGUGACGGUCGAGGACGCUGGCCAGUAUAUCUGCGACGCAAAGGACGACGUGAUGGAUUUCCAUGUGAAAGUGCAAGAGUUGCCUGUCAGAAUUCUGGGGAAAACUGACGCGAAAGCAGAAAAGCAAUUUCUAGAGACAGAUGACAUCAUUUUAGUCUGUGAGCUCUCAAGAGCAAAUGCCUCAGUCAGCUGGUACAAAGAUAGCCAGCUCAUAGGUGACACUAACAAAUAUUGCAUUGAGGAACAAGGAGUUUUCCGCUCAUUGGUUGUCUUGAACGCUGGUCUGGCCGACUCUGGAGAGUACACCUGCGAUGCUGGGGAUGAUAAGAUGGUCUUCUAUAUUACUGUUAAAGAGCCACCGGUGAAGAUCAUUGGAAAUUCGGGCCACCCGGAGCAUCAUAUCCUGCUAGCAGGAGAUGACCUUAUUUUAGAGUGUGAGGUGUCUCGGCCGAACGCCAUCGUUCAGUGGUUACGGAAUGGCGAGAUACUGAAACAAGACACUCGGGUAAAAAUUGACAGCUAUGAGGUUGCAAGGAAGCUUGUUCUCUCUGGACUUCAGCCAUCAGACUCUGGAGAAUAUAUUUGUGAUGCCGCUGAUGACAAGCUGAUAACAAUUGUAGAGGUCCAAGAGGUGCCAGUGAAGUUUCUGAAUAAAAAAGACAGUAACAAAGUAUUAGCCUAUGAGAAUGAAAGUGUGACUCUGUGUGCCAUCGUGAGCCGAGACAGCGCUAAUGUACGCUGGCUGAAAGAUGGCCAACUCCUGAACCAGGACAACAUUCACAUCUCCAGCGUGGGUCACACCCACAAGCUCACCAUUAAUCCCCUGCAGCUGUCUGAUUCGGGACAAUAUUUCUGUGACGUAAACACAGACAAAAUGUUUUUCACUGUUAUAGUCAAAGAAAUGAAGGUGAAAAUAAUCAGACCACUGGAGAACAUUGUGUCUGUUAAAGGGAAAAUUGUUACUUUACGUUGUGAAAUCAACAAGCCAAAGGGGGAUGUCCAAUGGCUUAAAGAUGGUCAAGAGGUCACCUCAAACAGACACCACACGAUCCGUGCUCAAGGUCGGGAGCGGAGCCUGACCAUCCAUGAGCUUGUAGAAGAAGAUGGUGGUGAAUAUGCAUGCGAAACCACAGAUGACAGAACAACAGCAACUGUCACUGUUGAAACUCCCCGUGUUGUGGAAUUCAUAGCAGAGCUGCGUAACAUCACUGUCUGCGAAGGAGAAGACGCAGUCUUUAAGUGUGUGGUGUCUCCAGAAGACACUGAAUUGGUGUGGCGUUUGAAUGGCGAAGCGGUCGCCCCUUCUGAGCGCACUGUAAUUUCCAACAACGGACUGUGCCACAUGCUCUGCAUCCACAACUGCAUAGUUUCAGAUAGCGGCAGGGUGACAGCUGAUGCAGAGGGCCUGGUGUCAGAGGCAGAGCUCCAGGUUCAAGAACAACAGGUGUUGUUCACCAAGAAAAUGACGCCGCUAAUAGCUGAGGAGUACAGUGAGGCCACGCUAGAGGUGGAGGUGAGUGUGGAUUCAGGAGAGGUGCAGUGGAUGAGACAGGGGGUGCUGAUCCACCCCGGAGCCAAGUACACCCCAAAACACCAGGGCCGGAAACGCAGCCUCACCAUCCAUAAGCUCACCAUGUCUGACCGGGGUACCUACAGCUGUGAGAGCCUUCAUGACCGCACACAGGCCCAGCUCACAGUGGAACCUCGGAAAGUUGCUAUCAAAAAGGGUCUAACAGACAUCAGAACGACAGAGAGAGAGACUGCUACGUUUGAGGUGGAGCUAUCUCAUCCAAAUGUGCCAGGAGCCUGGAUGAGAAACGGGAUCAAGCUGAAGCCAACAAAUGACUUCCGCAUGAGCGCCAAGGGACAAGUCCACAGUCUGACCAUCUCCAACCUGUCAGUGGAAGACACCGGCACCUUUGUGUUCAGCGUGGAGAAUCUAAAGACAACCGCUCGUCUUGUUGUCAAAGAGCCUCCUGUGGCGAUAUUAAGAAAGCUGGAGGACCAACAGUUUCCUGAAGGGGCUAUUAUCUCUAUUGAGUGUGAGCUCUCAAGACACAAUGUUGACGUGAAAUGGAUGAAGAAUGGUGAUGAAGUCAAACCAGGCAAGGACCUGCGGAUUUACGCGAUGGGACGAAAACGUUUUCUUCAGAAAAUGAAGUGUCAAGUCAGCGAUUCUGGCAUGUAUACCUGCGAUGCUGGAGACGUUGCGACUUCCUGUGCUGUAGAAGUGUACGAACGUGAACUCGUGAUCCUGCACAAUCUCGAGGACUUGUCGCUCCAGGAGGAUCAGAACGCCGUGUUUGUGUGUGAGGUUUCGGUUGAGGACGUGCCAGGGGAGUGGUACAAGCACGGGGAGCUAAUACAGCAGACCAGCACCAUCAAGAUCCGACAGGAAGGUACCAAACACUUUCUUCUGAUGUGCAACGUGCGACCCGAGGACUCAGGAGAGAUCAAGUUCGUGGCCCGAGACUUGGAGUCUGUGGCUCACCUAGAUGUGGAAGAACUUCCCGUGAACAUCGUGAAGCCCCUCCAGGAUAGAACAGCCCUGGAGAAAAGCCGGGUGAUGCUGGACUGCACAGUGUCCAACCCCAGAAGCAGCAUCCGCUGGUACAAAGGCUGCAACGUGGUCCUGCCCUCUGAACGCUUUGAGAUCUGUAGCGAGGGCUGUUUUAGAAAACUGGUCAUCCAGCAGGUGGCGCUAGAUGAUGAGGGCACCUAUAGUGUGCAGGUUGGGGACUAUUCUUGCUCUGCUAAACUCACAGUGGAGGCCCAAGCCUCUUUGAUGGUCAGAGAGCUGCAGGACGUGGAGGUCGUUGCUCCCAACGACGCCUGUUUUGAAUGCGAGGUGUCGGUGCCGGUCCUAAAAUCCCCGACCUGGACCCUGAAUGGGGAGCCUCUGCAGCCCAGCUCCAGGGUGCUGCUGGAGAAGAUGGGGACAGUGCACAGACUGACUUUGAGACAAACCUCUGCAGACAUGAGUGGGGUGAUGGAGUUCACGUCAGGGAGAGCGAAGAGCCGAGCGGAGCUGAGAGUGAUGGACAAGUGAGGGAGCCUCCAGUGAGUGACUGCUCCUUGAGGCUUGGCUCAUGACGGUAUAUGUAAUUUACCUUAAACUCGCUUUCAUUGUGUAUAAUAACUGUCUUUUAUUUAUUAUUAAAAAGCAAUUCAUAGCCAGUUUUUUUUUUAUUAUCUUCACCAAUAUAGCCAUAUUUCUGAAUUUUGAAUUGCAGAAGACAAAUGAAUCCUAGUUGAGGUCAUUACUAGUGAUGAGCUGGUGAGGCUUCAUGAAACAGUGACUUCACUUCCAGAGUCCAAGAGAUUGCACUCUCUGCCCUGAAAUCUUUGGUCAGUGAAACCUCAUAUCAAUUUCCCCACUGUGUAUGAAGCCUCAUCACAAAGCCUCAGCAGCCCAUCACUAAUGAUGGUGGGAUGAGGUAUCAUGAAACAGUAUUACAGGGUUGAUGAAACAGUGUCCUAAUUUGUGAUUUAUGUGAGUUUUCAUUCAAAUAGUUGUUCAAAGUCAGAUUAUACAGCAGACAGUGCCAUCUGGUGGCAUCUGAAAACUCGGCCAUGGUUUCAC